GCUGUCAGGUCAAGAGUUGGCCACACGGAUCAGACAUAACUGUCACUGGUGGUCAGCUGGGUCUGUACAGUGUACAGGGUACAUAUGUACACACGAUGCUGUCUGCAACGGUUGUGGUUGAGUGACGUCCAUGUCAAGUGGUGUGUGAGUCAGCUGACACAGUGGUGUAGAGGGAGUGUUGUGGUCUUCAUGUCGGUUUGUUGAUACUUGGAGGAUAAUCGGUGAAACAAUGGUCGAUGUUGCGACACCUGGUUGCAGCAGCAAUGACAGCAUGGAUAUGACAUCGUCCACUGUGAGCGAUGACAUCGUACCAAGGGGAGAGAGGUUUGCAGUGCCCAUGACCAGUCGUGGUCGUAAUAGGCGUAAGAAGUCAUCUAUUCAAAGCACAAGUGUCAUACAUCCCAUCGUCGACGACCACCUCCCUGUACCUCGAACCAGCAGUGCCUGCAACAUGUUUAUAGCAUCUUCUUCGUGCAGCAAUAACCACAGACAGCGUAACAAAGAUUUCACGCUGCCUGGAAGUAGCAAUGAUGUGUUUACUUCAUUCUCUCCUCGACGUGAUGGCGUUAUACAGCAGAAAGAUGACAAUUUCAAAGUUCCUGGGACUAGCAGUGCUUUUAAUCUUUUAACAGCGCCAUCUUCAUACAGCGAUGACGUCAGUGGGCAAGUUGAUGACAAUUUCCCUGCGCCUGGCUCUGGCAGUGCUUUUAACAGAAAUAAAGCGCCAUCUACCCUAGGUAAUGACGAUAUGCAGUGGAGAGAUUUAACAGCGCCAUCUACUCGAAGUAAUGACGUCAUGCAGCAGAGUAUUGACGACGAUUUUAAUAUGCCUGAAUCUAGCAGUGCCUGUAGUAUGUUUACAUUGCCAUCUUCCUGUAGUGAUAAUGGUAUGAAAGAGAGAGUUUCUGCUGAUUUCACAGUGCCUUGGACAAGCCACCCUUUCGAUGUGGAUAUGAGGUCAUUCCUGAACAGAAACGUGGGCAAGAGUCCAAUGUUGUCCACAGGGACAAAUGACAUUAAUGAUGAAGAUCCCAUGUCUAGCAGUUUUCACAAUCGCUGUGAUACGAAAUAUGACUCCAAGCAACGGAAUGACAGUGGAGUUUCAUUGUCAGAUUGUGAAUAUGUGGAAAAGCAUAAUAAUUUUGUAUAUAGCAAAGAUGGCCAAUUGUCUUCAUCUGACAGUGCUUUGGAUGACACUUUCAAAGAUCAACAUUCCAUUUCAUACUUGGACCAAUCCGUUAAACAUUCUGUGAUGCACACUGACGGUGCCUUCGAUUGUGACAAUACUGCUGACAGUGGACCAAUCAAACUGCCCGAUGCAUUCCCCUCCAGCUUCUGUGAUACUCCUGCCUCAACACUGGAGAGCGGCCCAUCUGUGAUAGUGGAACGACAACCACGUGAUUUUAUGAAGUUGCUCAGUGAGCGUCUGCAUGUCCCUGACUGCGAUGAGUUCGACACGGACGACAGUCAUCAGAUACAUUGCCAACUGUUCUACCGGAGUCUGAGGCUGGAAGUCAACGAGAAGAUCAUCUCAGACACCGAUUCUGACAGUGCUGACUCAGGGGUCUCCGAGCACCGGAAACGUUCCUUCCACAGGCGACGAAUGAGCAGGUAUCGCUACAGAGUGGAUGCAUGCGAGCAGCAACAGAAGAAUGGCCGCCAAGUGGCAGCAGAGGCAUUGCUUAGUAUGGAUUCCCCGACUAACAGCAUGGAGAGCAAGACCUUCCUCCACGGGAUCCUGCACGACCAGCAACCCUCUUUGCCUCCCAGUCCUGCAGACAGCGGUGUCUCAGACAUUGACAGCAACUCCGACGACAUAAAAAUGAGAUUACAUGGUUCUUACACAUUCAUCCCAAGUCCCCCUGUACCAGGCCCCAGUCCGUUCAUCCCCCCAUACUGCCAGCCACCCCCAGCACACCAGCCCCUCCCCGCACACUUCAACACAGCUACACAUAUCGCCAUGAGACCAGACCAUGUGUAUCAGAACAACCUCCUCCCCACACCAGUCCAGCAUGCCGGCAGCGAAGGCUCACCCAGCAACACCCCUCCAGCCUCCCCAGACAGACCCAAGAGCAAAAAAGGUCGCAAACCCAAGAACCCUGAGUACCCAAUGAACAGCCAGCCUAAGAGGAAGCGAGAAGGCAACACAACAUACUUGUGGGAGUUCCUUCUAUCCCUGCUGCAGAAUCGCGAAACAUGUCCACGGUAUAUCAAGUGGACAAACAGGGAAAAGGGAAUCUUCAAGUUGGUUGACUCGAAGGCUGUGUCGAAGCUUUGGGGGAUGCACAAGAAUAAGCCCGAUAUGAACUAUGAAACAAUGGGAAGAGCACUAAGGUACUACUAUGCAAGAGGAAUAUUAAACAAAGUCGACGGGCAGAGACUUGUGUAUCAAUUCGCAGAGGUUCCAAAGGGGAUAGUAGAGAUCGACUGCCAUAGUUAGUGUGUCAGACCCGAUGUGUACAUGUUGACUGAGCGUGACGGUGCCUGGCACUGACCAAUCGUAACCCAGCACUUACACCAGCGACCCAACCACUGUGAUAGAUCUCCGUAUGCUCCAGACCUUUAUUCCCUGUCAAAGGACAGAGGCAGCAGGCAGGGUAAUUGAGGGCGGGAGCUCAACUCUGCCCCCUCGUUCCCUGCCCUGGGACAGAGGCUGCAGGCAGGUGAGGGAGGGUGGGAGCUCAACUCUGUGCUUGUGAUGGCCAGCUUGGAUACUAACAGUCUACAAAGUUCCCCAGCAGGAUUCAGAAUGAUCCUGGAAAGUGGCUGAACAGAAACUUCCGACAGCUCCAUGCUAGUUGCUCCGGAUCUGAGGCUGUGAUGUCCCGAGUGCUCUCUGAGUGCUGCGUGAAGAGAACUAGAACGUCAGUUGCCUUGACAAUUGUGUUGGGCAGCUUUCUGUAGAUAUAGGCAGCAUGCCCGUCUUAUGGUGCUGUUGUUGCAGUGACACAGAAGGACCCGUUUACUGGUUGCAGUGGAAUGAUCAUCUGUCAUUAUGGACAACACUACCAUCAGUACCAGUGACUUCAUGUAUUAACUGAUAUAGUGUUAACUGGUCGCUCUCUAAAGGAAAACAAAUAUUUUUAGAAUUGACAAUAGCUGGUGAUGAACCUGUUCUAUAGACAGUGGUCAGUUACCAUGGUUACCACCAUUAGAUUUGAAAGUCAUCUUCCAUUCCAUAAAUCACUCCAUCAGUUUAGUUUUACAUACUGGGGAUAUUCCCCGAAAGGCCAGUACCUACCAUGGAAAUAUUACAAAAUAUCUCAGUCGUGUGUACCCAUUUUCAGACUGUGUGACUGCUAGAGAGUGAAAGAUGUAGUCGAGUUAUAAGAAUGAUGUGUGAGUGUGUGUGAGAUUAUGAUUAUGGCAUGAGAAACUCUAUGACCCCUUAUCUUUACGAGUGGACAUCAAUCUAGGCAUUGUUGCCCUCAAACUGUGUGAUAUGUAGAACCCUGUUGACGAAGGGACUUGCCCUGGACUGCUUUGUGGGCUGCCUGGUCCCCAUCAGAAGGCUGGACCCGUUUGGGUCUGAAGUCAUGAAGUAUUGACGUGUGAGGCCUCGGUGAUGUGUUCUUUUGGAGGACGAAUCAUAUGUUGCUGCCACUACUGUUUUACUUGCAGCAGAGGUUUUACUGGUUUUAUUUGAGUUUAGUGGUGUUGACUGUUUGACAGCGUGCAACCUAGGCUCUCAUCACUGACAGGAUGUUGGGUGGACCACCUUUUAUAAACAUAUUAGUUGUUGUCUUGUUGUAUUGUUGAUUAUUCCAACAGAUUUUAUUGGUUUUCUGGCAUGAGGCUGCAACUGGAUAAAAAGUGACCAUGUGCCCAGUUAUCAGCGGUUUCAUGGCCAUUCUGUGAAUAGGUCAAUGGUUGCAGCCUACUGCCAGAUGUAGAGACCCAUUUCAUGUUAAUUUGUGUUGCGUCCUUACACUGACAUUGCAGUGAGAUUUUCUACUGCAGUUGGCUUCCAUUGUUUUGCUGUGCAUUCCAAGGUAAAUCAGCAGCCCAUCUUCUAGAAUGCUGUGUUCAUUUUGAUAGCUUCACUGGUGCCAGUGAUCACAGUUCUGUUUUGUAUGCCCACAAUAUGGGGUCCCGAUCAGCAGCAUCUUCCUGUCAGGUUCUUGGGCUGAGCUAGCACUGAUACCCAAUGGAUCAAAUCUCUCAUUUGUGAUGCCCAUUUGCGCCAAACCUUUCACAGUGAAGCUCAUGGGCCUAAUUUCAACCUGUGCCCACACUCCUCUGGCAGACCUAGCCUCUAUGGAUUAAAUAUGUAGAUAUCAAACAAAAUGUAUAUUUUUAGGAAAAAUCCUACUGCCAGGGCUGUCCAUUCGAAAGUGUUCUGAUGGUCAGGUUUGGUUGAACUCUGGAAGAAGUCUGACGAGUGAUACCGUCAGCUGUAGUUACGACAUAGAUGUGCCUUAAAACUGUAGUGUAUGCAGAAGCCUGCGCGCCUGCCCCCAUCUGAUCAUUGGCUACCCAGCUCAUUCUGUUCACUGUGAGCUGGAUUCAAUGGUCUAAUUCACUAUAAUGAAAACCUCCCCGACUUAAUGACGAAGGUUAACAUAUAUGCAGAGUAUACACUUAUACUAGUGUUUUGGUAUCCAUCCUAAGACAAUAACGCAUGACGCACAUGAUUCACAGAGGUAAUAUUUGUAGAUUGGUACAGUUGUAGAUUUUUACCUGCCUAAAGUAAAAUCUUUGAAAUGGUAAAAUCAAACUUGUAAUUUGUGCAAGGUUGAUUUCAUCUUCUAUAAAGCAUGUAAAUGUCUCUUUCGAUUAUUUGUAAAUCUCAAUCUGAUAAUCUAAUGUUGCUCAUAAGUAAAGAUUGUAGUCUGUCUCAUGGUGAUAUUACAUCUUCAAUAUUAUGGAUAAAAAUUUACAGUUACAAGUUUAUUUUUGUUUCUUAAAUAACAAAAUCUUUAAAGAAAAGUUUUGCCAUCACACCUAAAGGUUUUUUGAUGAUGUAACCUAUGAAAAGGGUUUUUGAUGAUGUAAGCCAUGUUUAACUUCAGUGAUUGAGCCAAUUAUAUUAUGGAUUUGUUGUCUCGGUCAGGUUAUGAAAAAAAAAAGAGUGUCAAGCUCAGAAUGUUAUGACCUUCAGUUUAUAUUUUCCUACUAUUGUUACUGCUGUUUUGGUAUAUGUUUGUAAGUAAUUAACAGUUAAUGAUCACAGUGAGAUCUGAUGUACCAGAUUUACUUGUUAGUUUUGUGAUGUCAUCGGUAAAUUAUUGAAAAAUUGUUCUGUUUUUAUUGAAUGUUAUUGUUUAAAAUGAAUUCAAAUGAUUUAGGGAACAAGGACAAAUUCGAAUGAAGUAGUUUGGGAAUCAGAUUAUGGACAUUUUUCUUGUAUGACAAUUUGUUUAGAUUGAUAAAGACCAAUCUUUAUGGAAUAUAGUGAAACGGGCAGUAGCCUCAAUAGGCUGGUGAAACUACACUGGCAUAACCUAGCAGCUUGUCCAGGUGGCUCCCUCUAGAUUGUCUCCAUGUUAGUGACGUUGAUUAAGAGGCAGGGCACGUAGGGUCACAGUAAGCUUUGACAUGCAUACCUCGACAGUAUGGUAUGAAAAUGUCAAGAGAAUUGCAUUUAACUUUGUCAUGAAAUUUAUUGUCUACAGCUGCAUGGCAGCCAUGUUGACCCCCCAUGUGCCCAGUCAGUGAAACGCCUUCACUAAUGCUUCCUUUACGUUUGCGAGUAGGCUUGUUCUGUAUGAAAAAAAAAAUCAAUGCACAGGAAUAGGUCUACAAAUUUGCUAAUUUCGAAAGUAUGGAGAGUUACCUGCCCAUGGAGUUCGCAACACAAGAGGGAGCCACCUAGAAUGAUUAACGAACAGGUUCAGGACCUUGUGGUCCACAUUUACACAUGUACAGUGCUACCUUGUUAAGGAAAGGAUCUCUCUAUUUGUACUGUAAAAUUGUAUAUAAUGCCUCUGAUUGGUUAGAUUUCUAAUCAAUUACAUGUUAUAUCUGAAUAAAGUAGUUAAUUAUUUUUGAAAAAUA